AAUCAACUUUACCACCAGUGGGUUGCAGUGGACUUGCAACUAUGAAGAAAACUUCUACUUCAACAAAAACUAGUGCUUCCAAGUCGGCCGUUUUAGUAUUAUCGAUUAAGGAUUUUUUGGCGUUGCAUACACAGAAAAUUAAUAGUACUCCUGUUUGUCUUCCCUACGGUUUAAAAUCGUUACCCCAACAAUGUCUUCCGGCCCUUGAGAAUUAUUCAAAAUUAAUUUUGUGGUUUUUUGGAAACGAUGCCAAUAAUUGGGACACGUCCAGGAAUUUUGCAAAAAAAUUGAGCGAAAAACGUUGUUUAUUUAUAAGGCCUACAGAAAAUCAACAAAGACCCUACCAAGCGAUAAGUACAAAACAAGAUCUAAACAGAUUAUCAAAUGCCCAAACGAUUUGGCAUAAGGCUAUCACAAGUUUUAGUGCUUUGCGAGAAGAUGUUCUGUUGGAAUUGCAAAAUAUAGAAAAGGUAGCUGGUGUCAAAUGGAAACGUUAUCCUGUCUUGAAUCGAAUAUUAAAGGACACAGACGAGGUGAGCUGACAGUUUUUAACAGGACCUACGGGCAGUGGAAAGACUACAUUUAUGAGCGAAUAUUCUUUGGACUUGGCGAUGCAAGGGGUUAGUACCCUAUGGGGUAGUUUUGAGAUCCAGAAUGCAAGAUUGGCUCGAGCGAUGCUGCAGCAGUUUAGUGGGAUUAAAUUAGAUGAUAAUCUGCAGGAGUUCGAUUAUUGGGCUGAUAAAUUUGAGGAGUUGCCGAUUUAUUUUAUGAUGUUUCAUGGGCAGCAGAGUAUUAAAGUCGUUAUGGAUGCAGUAGAGCACGCCCAAUACGUCCACGACAUCUCCCACGUCAUCAUAGACAACGUCCAGUUCAUGAUGGGAAUAUCGUUCGACGACCGCGGUGGCGCCGCCAACGACAAGUUCCACAGACAGGACUCGAUCAUAGCUCACUUCAGACAGUUCGCGACAAGGAAGAACUGUCAUGUCACUUUGGUCAUACAUCCGAGGAAGGAGAGGGACAGCGAGGAUCUGAAUGUGCAUUCUAUAUUUGGAAGUGCUAAGGCUACGCAGGAGGCUGAUAAUGUGUUGAUUGUGCAGGAUAAGAGGUUGAGUUCUGUUAGGGGAAAGAAGUAUUUGCAGAUUGCCAAAAACAGAUACAGUGGAGAUUGAGGUAUAAUGCCAAUGGAGUUUGAUAAAACCAGUUUAAGUUAUGCUAGUAAAAAGAAAAGGUCUGAGGAAAAGUCUGAGAAACAAGAACAAUAAUAAUUAAUUAUUAUUAUCGAUUUAAAGGAACAAAAGUCAAAGUAAUCUGU